CUGAAUGCAGUCUAUGACAGUAUGACUGUGCCCGCAGUCUUGCCUAGUCGUUCGGCCUGUUGUGAUUUUUAAGCGGUUGUUUGGUUAUUAUUGUCGUUUUACUUUCCGUCACCGGGUUUUCUUAGUUUUAAUUUCCUAAUUUGUUUAUUGCGCACAACCAAUCUAUAAAACACGGUUUUGUGUCUCCGAUAAUGUGAAACGGCCUCAAGCCAACCAAGACAAACCUCUGUGAGGUUCAGCAAAGAAAAAACUUGUUUCGGAAUUUUUUGUUGGCACUGUUACUGUUACGGCCGACGGGAGGACCUCCAAAUAACACUGUACAACCAUGUCGGCAGGAUACCGAUCGGGAAACAUGCCUGGUGAAGUCUUGUUUCAGUGGUUCUCUUGCUGUGUAAACCAACGUACCCAACAGGGCAAACGCCACGUAAGUCGAGUACGCAUUGACCGAUCCAUGAUUGGAGCACCCACAAAUUUUCGACAUACCGGUCACAUAGGUUCGUCCGAUGUCGAAAUGGGAUCGUCCAGAUUGCACGCCAUCCAUGGGCAGAUGCAGUCCAAAGGUGGUUAUGAAGCUACCAUUGAAGCUAAUUAACUUGCCAGAAAUCAAUCGAAAAGAGAACUGUGAUCGAAAAACUCUCUUCGUGUAUGGAACUCAAUUUUAGAACUGUUAUUCCAUAUUUAUUUCUUACUACAGCCACCUGUGUUUGGAGGAGAUCCGUCGUCAUAGUUAUAGACUAGUGUUUAUACAUUCUUUAUUAUUAUAAUAAGUAACUAUUAUUUUUUACUUUAUUUUUAAAAUUUUAUUUAAUUCAUCAAGUAUAGUCAUGGCCGUGACUUUUAGUUCGCGACAGAUCAACUUGAUACGUGUCUUAUACUAGUCUGGUUUUAUUUAUUUAAAUGUUUUUACUUAUUUUUUUUUUAUUUAUAUAAAAUAAGUUUUGAAAUUAGUCGUAAUGUUUUAGUAAUCUCUCUUUAGUCUUUAUAUACACGCUAAUUUUUUUUUUUUUUUGUAUGUUAAAAUAUUAUGGGUUAAUAUUGUUGCCUCUGUAUAAUAAUAAUAAUAAUAAUAUAUGAUGAUGAUGAUUGAUGAUGAUGAGAAUCAAAACGAUUAUAUAAUAAUUAAAAUUGCCAUACCCAUAUUGGAUUACCUCGAAAACAUCGAUAAACCUACAAGAAUCUUAAUUAUAACUACAAAUAGAGGUUUUUUAGUUUUUACCAUAUUAUAUAUUAUAUUAUACUGUGUACAAGAAGAAAAUACAUUUUGCUAUUUUUAACAUUACUAUACGUACAAAUAUCAGAUAUUUUGUACCGUUCGUAUUGCCUAAAAGUAUAUAAGAAUUGAUACUUUGUGUUUAACUACUUACAAUUUAAGCUAGUUUUAAGGUCUGUUUAAUCAGACAUUUAUAUUGCAUUUAAAUUACCGUACAUAUGUACUAGUUUUAGAUGUUCGAAAAUAUUAACACGUACACUGACUAUAUAUUGUGAGCUCAAAGUGUGUAAGUGUGUUCUUAUUGUCCAAUUUUAUACAUUUAAAGUACGUUUAUAUGUUCAUAUUUCAAAACAAUACUGCUUAAGCGUAUUUUAUAAUAAUAUGUAACCUAUUUGUAACGCACAAUAAACUAUACAAUUUUUA